AUGGGAACAGGAGAAGAAGCUCCUCUGCCUGGAACAGCCUGGGAUGGGCAUUUAAGCCAUUACAGACAUGAGACCACAACAGGUGGCCACUUGUCAAACUCAACUUCAAAGGUGGCAACACCAAUGGCUGACACCUUGCUGGAAGGUGUCAAUUCGAGUGACUACCUGUAUGAGUACUUGGAUGAGGAGGAUUAUGUGCUCUAUGGCCUCUGCACAAAAGAAGAGGUACUCUCUUUUAGCAGAGUCUUCUUGCCAUCUUUUUACACUGUGGUCCUCCUGGUUGGGUUGGCUGGGAAUGUCCUUCUGUUUAUUGUCCUCAUUAUGUACAUCCAGAAGAAAAAGAAGGUGAUGGAGGUGUAUCUGCUGAACUUGGUGGUUUCAGACUUCCUCUUGCUACUAACCCUUCCUUUUUGGGCUCUGUACAUUUCUCAGAGGGUCACCUGGGGCAUAUUGUGCCCUGUCUUAAAUGCCAUGUACACCAUGAAUUUCUACAGUGGUGUCUUUCUUGUGAGCUGCAUGAGUCUGGACAUGUACCUGGAGACAGUCCAUGCUUGCUCUCCUGGCAGCUCCAUGACACGAAGGAAGUCCAUCCUUGUCGUGUUGGUGGUAUGGAUUCUUUCCAUGCUUCUUGCCAUUCCUGAUGGCCUCUUCACCAGCACAAGGCAAAUCCAGAACAAAACCAUCAUGUGUGCCCACGAUUAUGGCCAGAAACACUUAUUUUGGAGAGUUGUCUUUCGGGUCAUCCAAAACAUCUUGGGUUUCCUUUUUCCAUUCCUCUUCAUGGUGUUCUGCUACUCCCGCAUCGCCUGUGUCCUCACUGGAUCUCGGGUGCCUGGCUCAAGGAGAGUGCUCUGCUUAGUCUUUACUCUGGUGUGUGUCUUCUUUGUCCUGUGGUCCCCUUACAACAUUGUUCUCAUCCUUGCCUCCCUGCAAGAUGUCGGUGUGAUCAGGAGCUGCGAAAGCAGCAGGCGGCUGGACUAUGCCAUGCAGAUCACAGAGAGUUUGCCCUUUGUCCACUGCUGUCUCAACCCCUUGCUCUAUGCUUUUGUGAAAAAGCCUUUCAGGUUAUACUUAUGGAAGAUCCCUCAGGCCAUUUGCAGGAGAAGAGCUUUCUUUGACAUCCAGCCCUCUGAGACAAGCCAGUCUUGCAGCAGAUAUGCAGCUGAGAUAGAGAUGCUGAGCAUCACAAAUGUUUAG